AUGCCCGAAAUCCGCAAGGCAAUAAUAAUCGGCGGAGGCCCAGCCGGCCUCGCAACGGCGCUGCGUCUGCACAGGCACAACAAUAUCACCUGCGUGAUCUACGAGCUACGCGCAGAACCAACCACGCUCGGCGGGGCGAUUGCAAUUCUAUCCAACGGCCUGCGGCUUUUCGACCGAUUGGGCGUUUAUGAUGACCUCUCGCGCUGUGGGUAUGCAGGCUCGAAGCUUACGCUGCAUUCGAUGCGUGGCGGUGUGGUUGGGAUGCAGGAUUCUGUGGGUUGGGCGAGAGAGCAGACCGGGUUUGGGUAUUUAAGGAUUAGGAGGGUUGAUAUUGUGCGUGUUUUGUUGGAGGCUGUGAAGAAGGAGGGGGUUGAGGUUCGGUUUGGGGUUAGGAUGAAGGGAAUUGAGGAUGUUAAUGGAGGAGUCAGGGUUUUGUUUGAGGAUGGGUCGAGUGAUACUGCCGACUUGCUGCUUGGGUGUGAUGGUAUUCACUCGCAGGUGCGCAGGGGAUAUGUUGAUCCGCUGCAGGAGCCGGAGUAUUCUGGAGUUGCGGGUUCGUUUUCGCUUAUUCCGGCUGCCGAGUUGCCUGCUGGGUCUGUUGAUUGUAUGACUGGGUUGCAUGCUAUGAUGACUAAGGAGGGCAUGUUUCUGGUUAAUCCUUGUACCCCUGACAAGGAUGAGAUUAUGUGGAAUUUUUCCCGAGAGUUUGCUCUUCCUGACUCUGGGGACAGUCGUGAUGGGUGGGAGGAACAUCGCAAGGCUGAGGUUGAGGGGUUCAAGGAUAAUCUUUUGCGGAUUCUUGAGGGUUCUCAUGGAGAAUGGGGUGAGAUUGUGAAGAGCCUUGUGAGAAAGACUACUGUCAUCAAGUUUCACCCGAUCUACAGGCUACCGGUUGGUGGUCAGUGGUAUAAGGGUCGGUGUCUUUUGCUUGGCGAUGCGGCUCAUGCUAUGUCACCGCAUGCUGGACAGGGUGUUUCCAUGGCCCUUGAAGAUACCUUCCUGCUGUCGCGACUGCUGGAGGAUUCGAAUCGCUCGCUGUCUGACGUGCUUGCAAAGUUCGAUGAGAUUCGUCGCCCUCGCGUGAAUGAGAUCUAUGCUCAAGCUGCGAAGAAUGCUAGUACACGAAGAAAGACAGGCCCAUUGGGCUUGUGGAUAAAGGAGAGCGCAUGGGGUGUAGUCUCAAACCUCUCCUGGACAUUGGGAUUGGAUAAAUUGGGACUUGGACAAAAGCAUUUGGCUUAUGAUAUCGAUGAAGCAGAGCUGUGA